AUGUUCCAGAUCGUUGCGGGAUCAAAGAGAAAGUACUUCGAGGUAAAUCUAAAGACUGGUGCGCUCUACGUGAGCGAGAGAAUAGACAGAGAGGAGCUCUGCGGCCAUGAAGCGAAAUGUUCAAUUACGGUAGAAGCGGUGAUUAAUAAUCCUCUCAAACUGUACCGCAUUGAAAUCACAAUAUUAGAUGUAAAUGAUAAUUCCCCUUCAUUUCUCAGCAAGUUACAGUCAAUGAAUAUUAGUGAAAACACAGCAACUGGAGCACGAUUUCCCAUCCAUCCUGCUCAUGACGCAGACGUGGGGAAAAACGCAGUUAACGGCUACAAACUGAGCACGAAUGAAUAUUUUUCUCUUGAAAUACAACGAGGGGAAAACACAUAUCCCGAACUUGUUCUUAAAAAACCCUUAGACAGAGAAAAACAAUCAGUGGUUCAGCUUACACUUACCGCUGUAGAUGAAGGAACCCCUCCUAAAUCAGGGACAAUGGUAAUUGUAGUAAAUGUUCUUGACAAUAACGAUAAUGCUCCUGUUUUUACUCAGGCGCUGUAUAAAGCGACAGUGCGUGAAAAUGUUAAAGUUGGUACAUCCCUGAUAACAAUAAAUGCAACAGAUUUAGAUGAGGGACUCAAUGGACAGGUUUCAUAUUCAUUCAGCAAAGUGGGUCAAGGUAAACAAACGGAACUUUUUGAAAUAGAUGAAAAAACAGGCACUGUAAGAAACAAAAAGAAUAUUGAUUUUGAAGAAAAUAAUGCUUUCGAGAUUCGAGUUCAAGCCAGUGACGGAGCUUCUUCUCCUCUGACUUCUCAUUCAAAAUUAUUAAUAGAAGUUGUAGAUGUAAAUGACAAUGCUCCAGAAAUUUCUGUCACUUCACUUUUAAACUCUGUCAAAGAGGAUGUAAGCAUUGGUACUGCUAUUGCUCUCGUGUCUGUGUUUGACAAAGAUAGUGGAAAAAACGGGAUGAUCACUUGUAAAAUCUCCAACGACGUCCCAUUUAAAUUAGAAAACAAUUAUAAAAACUACUACUCCUUAGUGGUGGACGGUGAGCUCGACAGAGAGACCGCUCCUCAAUACAAUAUAAGCAUCACUGCUGCAGAUGAAGGGAGACCUCCUCUGUCCAGCACGAGUGUGAUUCAUGUUCAAGUUUCAGACAUAAACGACAACAGACCUCUGUUUACAGAAAACACGAUAAACAUAUUUAUGAAGGAAAACAGUCCAUCAGGAACUGUUUUAAAAACUGUGUCAGCAGUUGAUGCAGACAUUGAUCAAAAUGGACGAGUAACUUAUUCUCUUUUACAUGACAACAGUAACUCAAUGCCACUGUCGACUAUGAUAAAUAUCAGGUCAGAAACAGGAGAAAUAACCAGCCUUCAGUCUUUUGAUUAUGAGAAGCUGAAAACGUUCCAGUUCAAAGUUCAGGCCACAGACUCUGGUGUUCCUCCGCUCAGCAGCAACGUGACUGUGAACGUUUUUGUUCUGGAUGAAAAUGACAACAGUCCCUCCAUUCUUGCUCCUUACUCUGAGCACGGCUCCGUUAACAGCGAGAACAUCCCAUAUUCUGCUGAAGCGGGAUACUUUGUGGCAAAGAUCAGGGCUGUGGACGCAGACUCUGGAUACAAUGCUCUGCUUUCUUAUCACCUGUCUGAGCCCAAAGGAAACAACCUGUUCCGGAUGGGAACCAGCAGCGGGGAGAUCAGGACUAAGAGGAGAAUGAGCGACAAUGACCUGAAAAGUCACCCCUUGCUGGUGCUGGUUUGUGAUCAUGGAGAACCUUCUCUGUCAGCUACUGUGUCCAUUGAGGUGGUGGUUCUGGAAAGCAGCGCUGACAUGCAGACUCCGUUCAGACACGUGCCUCUAAAGGAGGACAGCUUCUCGGAUUUGAACCUGUACCUGCUGAUCGCCAUAGUGUCGGUGUCCGUCAUCUUUCUGCUGAGUCUCAUCAGUUUGAUGGCUGUCAGAUGCCACAGGACAGACGCAAGUUUCAGCAGGUACAGCGCUCCAAUGAUCACCACCCACCCUGACGGGAGCUGGUCUUACUCCAAAGCUACUCAGCAGUACGACGUGUGUUUCAGUUCGGAUACUCUCAAGAGUGACGUGGUGGUUUUCCCCGCACCGUUUCCUCCUGUAGAUGCAGAACUGAUCAGUAUAAAUGGAGCUGACACUUUUACCAGAACUCAGACUUUACCCAACUCAGAGAAGGUAAGAUGA